CCGUGGUCAUUCGAAAGCAGUUUUGAAGUUAGGCUUCCUGUCCAGGACAUUCACUGGAAGCUAAUCUUGGAAACGUCCUUCCCUCCAGUACACUCCUCCUACUGCACACCCUGUAGUUUCUGUCGUCAGCGAGCUGUUGCGGAAAAACACGGCCCCAGGGAUUUUUCUGUUCGAAAACAGUCGGACUGGAUGUCGAUACCGUGCAACCGAGCGAAGUAAAACACAGCAAAGUCAUUGAAAGCAGACGAUCGACUCGCUCAAGUCUGUUUUCCCACUAUCACGAUCGACGCAAGAAGUGAGACAAUUGUGAAAAUGGCUGACUUGCUGAAGAAUAUUGGACAUACACUUACACCAAACCAACUCCCACGGUCACAGGUGCUACCCAGUGGUCCUGAAUUGGUGCAGUAUGUGGAAAAUGGUCCUUUGAACCAAACAAUAGCGAAAAUGCUUACUCAGAAUAGUGCUGGAGUACAGGAAAUGCUCAAAGGAAAGUUCAAGUUCCUGGGUGCAACAGAGAUCGUGACUGGUAUAAUCUCCAUAAUCAUUGGAAUAGUGAAAAUAUGCAUUGAUUCAAGUCAAAAUCACUACUUUGAAUUUUCCCUCGUAAUUGGAACACCCUGGUGGACUGGAAUUCUAUUUGUUAUUGCAGGGUCACUUGCUUUGGCUGUUGAAAGAGCACCAACUCUAUCUAUGAUCAGAGGUUGUAUAUCAGCUCACGUCAUCAGUGCCAUUUCCUGCUUACCAGCUACAAUAAUAUAUGCUAUAAACCUUGCAAUUCAACCAUAUUGUUUCUAUUCAGAUUCCUGUUCAAAUUAUGAGGGUUCAAUUUCAUGUUUUGCCAUACUUCUUUUAUUGACACUGCUUAAUGCAGCAGUAUCUAUUGCAGUUUCAAGCUUCAACUGCAAAGCUCUGAACUGUUGUGGCACAGCAUCAGUGCCAAUUAUUGUGGUGUACAACAACACAUCAGAACAACUGGUACCAUCACAGCCGUUAUAUGCGAACACUCCUCCCUAAAAUGUGACAGCAAUGAAAAAUAUGUACGCUGAAUAGGGAAAUGUUUCUUUUUGAAGUUCUGGUUAGCACAAAUUAUUUCAUUUAACUGAGCUUGGUGCAACAUUAUUAAAAUACACUGCAUUAUGCACAAUUAUGUUCA